AUGCCGGUCUCCUACAGCGCAGAGGUCGCCAAGGCCUUGUCCACCGAGCUGCGCGACGUGCUGGCGGACGACGACGUCCCCGAGAACGUCGCCAAGUUUCUCGUGGACAAGAACAUCGUCAAGCUCGGCGCCUUCGCCGACUUGGCGGAUUCAAAGUCCAACAUCGCGCAAGUCGUCGGCCAACCAGCGGGAUUAGACCCCAACGACAGCAUCGCGCGCCAGCCAUUGAAGUCGGCGCGGCGGCAGGCGGAGGCCGAGACGAAGGCCGAGCUGGAGGCCGCAGCCAAAGGCGACAGCGCCGAGAAGGACAUAUCCCUGGGCACAGAGCAGCGCGAACGCUUGGAUGCGCAGGUAAAGGAGUACUACCACUUCGUCUGGCCUGCGCAGUGGCUCCCGGCCAACGGGCUCAUGGGCAAGCUCGAGCGGAUGCACGAGAAACACGCGGACUUCGCCCCCCGCCUCGAGGUGGACGUCAAGAGCAUCUUCGAGAAGGAGGUCGACCCGCUGUUCAAGAUGUUUUUCUCCAAGCAGGGCGGGGUGCAGGCCCAAGCCGAGAGCGCCUACGCGCCGGUUCAGGGCUUGACCAAGUUCCGGGAACGGCACUUCCAGCUGAUGAUCGCCUACAACCAGGCGGCCGCCCCCGAGUUCGAGAACGCGUCGCUCACCGUCCUGCUCGAGUACCACCAGUGGCUCAUGGAGAAGAUCAUGGACGUCAAGUGGUCGCCGGAGAUCGUGCGCGAUUUCCUCAAGGCCGACUUCCGCAUGCGCACCAAGUGGAUAUUGAGUUGGCAGCGGAGGGAGUUCACGACUUCCAAGGACGUGAUUACCCACCACCGUGGCCAGAGUGCCUACCUGUUCUCAGACGCCGGGGACAGGAAGCGGCCCAGGAGCGAGUCGCAACCGCGAGGGCGCGCCCGCGGCCGCGGCCAGGGCGCCCAGACCCCCCGAGACGAGCAGCCGCGCAAGGCUUCAAAGCCAGGCGGCGCCGCCGGGGAGAACUGGCUGGGACUGGAGCGCACGAACAAGAAGACCGGGCAGACACAACCAAGACACUACAAUGGGGCCGCGGCGGGCGGGCCAGACUUGCCCAGCCCAUGCGCGGAGUCUAAUGACAGCCUCUGUGAUCACCCAGGCCGGAAACAUUCCGCGCAAGGUGCCGGGGCCCGCAUGCAGGGAACGGUCAGCGACAGCCCGCAGGCAGGCGUCGUUGAGCAGCCCAGCAGGCGCCGACUGAGGGCCCGGAUCGGGCGCGCGCCGGUGCUUGGCGAGCAGCCGCGUGGCAGAUGCUUCGAGCCGCUUAUCCAGCAAGGAUGCGGACCCGAGGCGUUCCUCGAGCAAUUGCCUCGUCUGCAGCACCCGGCCGCCAGCAGUAUGUUGGACCACCUGGAUGAUUUACACAGCUGGCGAGAGACGCAGAUGCAGCCCGUCCGCGAUGCUGCUAGGCGCCUGACAGGCAUCAGAGAGCAGUAUGCCGAAAAGCUACACCCCGACGUCCACAAAGUAAUCGCCCACCGGCAUUUACCCCUCCUGGAGUGGACGGUGGAUCACGCCAAGUACAGCGGCACCGAUUACGUCGCCCAGCUGAUGCGCGGCGAGCCUUGCUUGGGAGAGAUCCCGCCGAGCGGCGUGUUCACCGAGGACCACAACAGGGGCGCGAUUACGAUCGAAGAUUGGAUUGCGUGUCCGCGAGAGCGGAACGAACGCAUGAUCCGAGGCACGCGAAGUUCGGGGGGCAUUUCGCUCGACCAGAAGGCGUGGGAAAAAACCCUAGUUGAGCUUUCGAUGGGGUUCUGCGAAGGGUCAGGCGAGCUUGCAGAACUUGACCUGGAUAGGACAUGCCUGACUCCCCGGUGGCCCAAGUGGGAGCUCAAGGAGGACGGCGCGUGGAAGUGUCGUAACAUUUCUGAUUGGAAAGCAUCUGGGGGAAACGACGCCGCCACGCUGUGCGAGAAGUAUUCUCCUGAAGAUUUAUCAUCGGCACACGCGGUGGUGCGCAUCCUCAGAGAUGCCCCCCCCAACAACGCGCGCCUCCAAGGCUUCCGCAUCGACUGGGAGAUGGCGUUCCGGCAAGACCCGCUGUGGCCAGGUCAUGCCCCAGACCAUUACGAACUGGUGUGGGAUCCCCAACUUGAGCGGGUCCAGUGGGCGAGGCCGCUGGGAGGGACUUUCGGCAACAAAGCUGCCCAGACGAACUUCCCGGAACAUGCCGCCAAACACUCCCAUGCUCUCGUGUUGGAGAUAAUGGGCCUCAUCGGCUGGAGGUACGACAAAAGCAAGAGCAAACCGCCCUGUGAGCACCUUCGCCUACUUGGCGUGGAGCACCGGUUGGGCCUUGAGGCGACAGCUUGGCUCUGCGAGGCCAAAAUUGACAAGCUGCUAUCUCAGAUCCGCGCCCACCGAGCUACAGGGGGGGUGACAGCAGCGGACGCCUCGACGCUGCACGGCUCGUUCAACUGGGCGCGCUCGAGCCUCUGGGGCCGGUGUGGAGCAGCAGUGCUGGCGCCGCUGCGAGCCCGUCAGAGGAGCGGAAACUUCUUCGGAGUCAACAGCGCCAUGCUCGCCAUGUUCAGGUGGCUCGAAGGAGCACUCGUCCAUGACAAUCGGAGCCGUGUUCUGUGCGACAUAUCCUGCUUGCCCCUGGUCGUCACCAUCAGCGACGGUGAGGGUUCGGGCAACGUCGCCGUGGCAAUGUGGCAACCAGCAGAGCCAGCCGAACGCCCCCGCAUCUCGGCGACGAGGGCCCCAGAGAACGCGCUGGCGAAGUGGGCGCAGCGUGCCUCCAACACCAUAGCUCCAAUCGAGGGUGUGGGGCCACUGCUUGCCUUAGCCACGUGGCCAGGCCUGGAGCAUCGACUCUGGAUCCACUUCAUAGACAACACGGACGCCAUGCACGCGCUGAUCAAAGGCAACAGCGUGAGCGCAGAUCUGAACAACGUGAUGCACGGCACGUGGAAGAUUGUCCACCGGCGACGACUGCAUUUGUGGGUCGAGUAUGUCAAUACCCACGACAACCCGGUGGACAAGGCCAGUCGAGGGUGCACGGACGACCUCUACGACCAAGGCUGGGUGUGGGACCCGCCGGGCGAUCUAUCACAUUUCUUGUGA